CCAUCGCGGGCCAAAAUGUUUAAACGCGCGAAUUUCUGCACUUGGCCCCCCACAACCCUACUCCAACACAUUCCUUAUCGCAACCAUGGCCCCUAAGAAGGACGAGAAGAAGGACGCGGCCGCUCCCGAGGCUGCUGAGCCGAAGGCGGAGAAGGAGUCCAAGCCCAAGGCGGACAAGGCCGCCAAGAAGGCCAAGAAGUCGCCCGCUAAGAAGGCUGCCAAGGAGGGCGGCGACGGCGAGAAGGGCGACAAGAAGAAGGGCAAGAAGAAAUCGUCGGUCGAGACCUACAAGCUCUACAUCUACAAGGUGCUCAAGCAGGUGCACCCCGACACCGGCAUCAGCAGCAAGGCCAUGUCGAUUAUGAACAGCUUCAUCAACGACAUAUUCGAGAAGGUGGCCACCGAGGCCUCCAAGCUCAGCCGCUACAACAAGAAGCCCACGGUCACCUCCCGCGAGAUCCAGACCGCGGUGCGCCUGGUGCUGCCCGGCGAGCUGGCCAAGCACGCGGUGUCGGAGGGCACCAAGGCCGUGACCAAGUUCACCUCGGGCUAAAGCGGCUCUGGGGCCAGUGGCGCGGAGCGGGCGUGUCGGCGUGCGGGGCCUGCGGCGCAGGGCGCGUGUCAUACGCGGGCCCCCGGCACCGCUCCGGGCUGGAGCUGCGUGGAGCUGAGACUUCUUUCCUUCAAACCCGGUGUUUAUCAACACCACCAGAAUGCGGGACUGGGGAGUUGGGGGCAGGAGGAGGGGUGCGAGCGGGGCGCGGGUUGGAAAGGGGGCGUGUGCAGGGGGCGACUGCUGAGCAUGCUGGCUUGGGGAGGCCCAGAUCCAGACUCACAGGAGCGUCACUCCAGAGGGCGCAGCCCUGACUCGGUCGCGUGUUGUCCAACGCCCUCGUACAAAGAGCCUGUUAUACAGUACAUGUACAGGAAUGCCCUGUCAGAAACGCGUGCUUGCGUCGGGACCGAACUUGCCCGGACGGCUGUUGCACGAGUGCGAGGGAGCGGGUCUGCGGCAGAUUGUUCAGCAUGCGUGCAUUUGUAACUUGCAAGGGGC